GAUGAAGUACUCGAGGGCGCAGACGAAGAAUUGGAGCGCCACUUCGCCCGGCGACGAAUCGUGCUCCAGGUGCGGCAAGUGUCUGACUAAAAUGCAGUUCGUACUACUGUCGGUGCUAUUCUGCUCUUCUCUGACGACAGGUGCCACACUGGAGAUACUCAGAUUGGAUGUACCUAACAUCGUCGAUCCAAGGUGGGAGAAAGUGUCACUCAAAUGCGAAUACGACCUCGGCGGUAAGGAGUUGUAUUCGGUGAUGUGGAGUAAAGACGGUCAAGAAAUAUUUAGAUACCAGCCAACAGCACCCAUGCCUAAACGAGUCCAGAAUAUCACUGACUUGCGCGUCGACCUCAGUCGUAGCGACAGCAAGCAAGUGACACUUCUGGGUCCGUACACUCGUAAAGGUGAGAUCGACUUGACGGGAUCUUACGGCUGCGAAGUAUCGUCCGAAGGCCCGAAUUUCCAGACAGACUACAGGGAGGCAAACAUGAGCGUGGCAAUACCGCCCAAGAGUCCUCCGGUACUCGACGGGAUGCGAGCUUCUUAUAAGAUCGGCGAAAUCCUCCAAGCGGAGUGCACAUCGGGAUUAAGUUACCCCCCGGCAGUAUUAACGUUCAUCUUGAACGAUAAAGAGGUGAACAGUGCUUUAACUAAAGAUUUGCGAGCUAGCAACAUAGACGGAAGUGUGGUCUCUACGACACGAUUGGGUCUAACGUUGCGUCUAGAACAACGUCACUUUAUCGGGGACAGCCUAAAAGUGAUCUGUCAAGCGACAUUACCAGGAGUUCCGAAUAGCCUGACCUCUCAAACUAUGGAGAUCGUGACUCUUACCGCCAGUAAUCAACGUCUCGCCCAAGAUCCCCCUAAAUCAGGGGUUUCAAGGUCGAAUAUCGGAAUGUUUCACACGGUUCUAUUGUGCUGGAUAGUGGCCGCGAUUCACAUAAUCCGCUGCGACGGUCUCAGAUCUCUACGCGUAUUAUAAUGUCGGUUCGAACGUUAGCUUUCGAUCUAAAAAAAAUAAGCCGCGAAUAUCUUGAUUAAAUUUCGUGUUAAUUAGUGCAUACACAUACGUCUCCAUUUGUUCACGCGGAUAAUGUCGUAUUAUAAUGUCGUCGGUUUCUCCAUAUGUGUUAAUCGACGAUCGCGGAUGUCGCCAGAUGUAUUGUAUGUAAUCUUCAGGGCGUGACACACCAAGUGUGUCGAUACACAUUUCAAUGUCCCGAAUCUUCGCGCAUCCCGUACACGUUCAAUCGCAUGUAUACACAGUGUUAGAACACCCCGUAUAUCUCGUAUAUAUAGCGGAUAACUCGGAGAGACACGACGAUAGCAAUACAACACUACAUAAAGUAGGUCGAAACGCGGACGCACGGCGUUGUACAUAGUGUAUAAUUGUGGAUUAGCAUUACAAAUUAUCGUGUAUAAUUAACUGGACGGGAAGCCGGACGAUGACGGAGAACACGAUGAAAGUAACAUGAGAUGUAUCGGGAUUUGCAGAAACGCGAGUGCAAUUUUUCGAGGGAAAAAAAUUAUGCGGCUGUAAAAUUAUGCCGCGUCUCCGAGAAAUAUCUAUCAUUCAGACCAGAAGUAUAGUUUAAUAAAUAUAAAUAUAAAUGUGUGUAUGGGUGUAUGGGUGGGUAUGUGUGUGUACACGCGCCAAUCCGUAAUUUUAAGUACGACUCGACGUAUAGCGUAAAUAAUGUGUGGUUAAUUCGACUAUAUUCCCCACAUCCGAUCUUCCUCAAACGACGCGUGCGAGGUUCUACGUGUGUAAAGUAAGAAAUAUGACGCUUUCGUUCCACUGUAAUUUUACAUGAACCAAGUCUCGUCGUUAUUAUCGAAGUGAUUACAGUAAUAAAACGAUGAUUUAAUCAA